AUGGAUUAAUCAAUAGUGAAACUAAAUACGGAAUGUGAAGAUAUCCAAUAGUCAUUCCUAUCAUCUCCAAGUGAGUACUUCUCGAAUCAAAAAGAUGACUUAGUUGAAAAAUGUCAAUUCUCAUAUAAACUAUUUUGUGAAACCAAUCCCAGAGAUCAAAUUGCUUAAAAGAUUGUUAAUUUCCAAUAAGAAAAACAACAACUGUAAUAUAUCCAAUUUAUAUAGUCUCUAUUUGAUAGAAAAAUUAGAAUAGUACUUCAUUAAAGAUAUAACAACUUUACUUGAGUAUGUUGAGCAAUUAGAAUAAUCAUACAAUACUUUAUACAAUGGAGGAUUCAAAAUUAUUAAUGAACAAUUACUAACAUUCUUUGAUUAUGAGAAAGUGUAAAAACUAAAUGAAACCAUUAAUCUUCUAGAGUAAAGAUGGAAUCUACCAUAAAUUAAAGAAACAGGAAAAUAAUUUGAAAAGGUUUUAGGAUUAUCUAGUUUAAAAUGCAUGUUAGAAGAACAUGUUCGUGAUUAAACGAUGGUACAGUUCUUUUUAUAAAAUUAAAUACAUAAACCACCAGUUGAGUAUUUAUUUUUAAGGAGCAAAGAAGUUGAUAAAUUAAAUGAAUAAGAUGGGAUAUACUUUGGAGAAGUAUUAUAAUAAAUGAAACAUGGAUUUGGAGUUUGUAUAAGAGGUUAAGCAAUUUGGUAAGGUUUUUGGAAACACAAUCAUAUAGUUUGGGGUUAGUACACAUUUGAGGAAAAUGGAUAAAAAAAGAUAAUGUAAGGUUGUUUUAAGGAUGAUAUGCUAGAAGGAGAGGGAAAAUGUAUUGCAUUUAAUGGAGAUACAGUUUAAGGUUAAUUUAGAAGAAGUAGAAUCUAAGGAAGAGGUACUUAUAGAUUUAGCUAUGGUAAUAUGUAAAAUAGAAUUUAUUAUAUUUAGUUAUGAGGGAGAUCUUAAAAAUAAUACAAUUGAUGGAUAAGGUUCUAUGAAAUUUGCAAACGGUGAUUAAUAUGAAGGUGAUUGGAGAAAUCAUUCUAUUUAUGGAAAAGGGAAGUAUACAUAUAAUAAUGGGGAUAUUUAUGAAGGAGACUUUGUAAAUGGAGAUAAAGAAGGAAAAGGUAUUUUAAGAUAUGAAAAUGGUAACUUAUAUGAGGGAGAAUUCAAAAAUAAUAUAAUACAUGGUUAAGGAGUAUUUACAUUUGCAAAUGGAGAUAAGUACAAAAAAUAUCAUUUAUAAAAGAUAUAAAGGAGAAUUUAAAAAUGGACAAAGAGAUGGAAAGGGAAAAUAUGAAUAAGUUAGUGGAGAAUUUUAUGAAGGUUCAUUUGUUAAUGAUAAAAGAGAAGGAUUUGGAAUAUAAAAGUAUUCUAAUGGGGAUAUCUAUGAAGGAUAAUUUAGAAAUGAUAAAAGAGAAGGAUAAGGAAGAUAUAAGUUUGCUAAUGGAAAUGUGUAUUAUUCUAAUUAAAUUUUAGUUAUAUUGGAGACUUUGUAAAUGAUAAAAUUGAAGGUAAAGGAAAAAAGAAAUUUGUUAAUGGUGAUUGUUAUGAAGGGGAAUGGAGUAAUCAACUUUUUAAUGGAAAAGGUUAAUAUAAAUUUGCUAAUGGAAAUACAUAUAUUGGAACUUUUAUAAACAAUAAAAGGGAAGGGCAUGGAAUAUAUAAAUUUGCAAAUGGUAAUACAUAUGAAGGAGAAUACAAAAAUGAUAAAAGAGAUGGCAAAGGAAUAUUUAUUUAUGCAGAUGGAAAUCGAGAGAUUGGAGAAUAUAUCGAAGGUAAACCUUCUGGAGAACAUUAAGUCUAUAAAGGAAGAUAAAGUAGUCCAUUCAAAAUAAAUAAUUAUAAUUCUGGUAAAUUAGAUUCUACAUUUAUUACAAGCAGAUUUUGA